ACCCAAUGGCAAGGCGGCACCGAAACACUCAUCACAACAAAGCGCGCGUCACUGCCACGUGUGUUAUUCCGGCAACGGAGUGGGCCCUCUCUCUCGCUCGCUCGCCUGCUUCAAAAGGCGCAGAGGAGCGAGCGUCAGCCCAGGGGGCACAACGCAUUCAAUUGUGACCGAGAGAGCCAACGAACACGAACGAUAUUCCGCGUGUCACUUUUUGCGGUUCGGUUUAAACCGCCUUUAUUUUUUUUGUUAUUUCUCUCUCGCUAUCUCUCUCUCGCGCUCUCUCUCUCUCGCUGUUGCUGUUUGACUUGUGCGGGUGGUUUUGUUGAGUUUUUUUUUUUGAGAAAGUGGGGAAAAGAUGCCUUUCUUGGGUCAGGACUGGCGUUCUCCUGGCGGAAGCUGGGUCAAGACUGGCAGUGGAUGGAAGAGGGGCAGCCACGACAAAGUCAACGACAUCAUUAAAUUCAUGUCUCAAGAAAACAAGGAAAACUCUGGACAAGAACAGGACUUUGAAGUUGUUGUGAAAAAAAGGCGGAAGGACAUGCUUAAUACUGCCAAGACACAAUAUUUCCAUAAGGAUAAAUGGAUAUACGUUCACAAGGGGAGCACUAAGGAGCGUCACGGCUACUGCACCCUGGGAGAGGCGUUUAAUCGACUCGACUUUUCUGCUGCAAUCCAUGACAGACGGCGCUUCACCUACGUUGUACGGCUUCUGCAGCUCAUCGCGCAGAGCCAACUGACCUCUUUAAGUGGGGCCGCGCAGAAAAACUAUUUCAACAUUCUGGAAAAGAUUGUUAACAAAGUGCUCAAGGACCAGGAGAACAUCCGCUUGAUCAAAGAGCUCCUGCAGGGUCUGCACACGUCUCUGUGCCAGCUGGUGGAAGGCGUGGGGAAGUCUGUGCUCGUGGGCAACAUUAACUUGUGGUACCUGCGCAUGGAGAGCAUCCUGCAGUGGCACUACCAGCUCAAGCAUAUUCAAAUCACAGCCAGAGAAGAUGAAGGCCUGACUCUAGUUGACCUCCCGGCGGACAUGCAGCUCAACAUUCUGCGGCGCCUGGCUGACGGGCGCGACAUCCUGAGCGUGGGCCGCGUGUCGGCUCGCCUCAGCGGACUCUCCGAGGACCGCCUGCUGUGGAAACGCCUCUGCCAGUACCACUUCACAGAACGCCAGUUCCGCAGGCGCCUGAUGUUGAACGACAAAGGGCAGAUUGAUUGGCAGAGAAUGUACUUCAAGAUGCAGCGCUGCUACCCACGCAAGGAAGAGUAUGGCGACACCCCGCAAUUCUGCCGCCACUGCCACGUGCUCUUCUGGAAGGACACUGGCCACCCUUGCACAGCUAAUAAUCCUGAGUGUGCCUACAUUCCACUCUCCCCGCAAGCCUUCAUCAAUCUGUUCAAAUUCUGAUGAAACUGAGGACCGCUGCCCUGGAACGGUGUGCUCCCAAUGCCCGCGUAAACAGUGCCAAGUUAUACAAACGAAACUUUAUUUUUUUUUCGAGAGGACGAUUUUCUCAGGGACUAGUAAGGAAUGAACAGAAAGCAGAGCAUACGAUAAAAUAAAUGUUGUGUGAAGGAUUUAUAAGCGGGGUUGUAAUGAACUGCAAACAACUAUUCAGUAUGCAUGCUCUAACACUUCACAUCAACGAACACUCUUCAUUGAGUGUUAGUUUAUACCACUUAGAAUUUGACGAAACUCAUGAUUUCAUUGAACCGUGUUUUGCGCGUGAUCUUGGUUUCAGUUGCACAGAUUGAUGUGCUCCGUGCUAAUAACAGAACCACUCUUUCUUAUUAAAAGUGAAACAUAGCUGUUGAGUAGCAAUUCAUUCAUAAUAAAGGUUUUUGGGUUAGAUCGCGUUAUUGUAAAUAUGCGAUCUAACCCAAAAACCUUUAUUAUGAAUAAUACUGGUCGCGAAAAGCCUACGUGUUCAACUGAGUAGCAAUCCAAACGUUUUAGUCAUUCAGGUACGGCUUGACCUGAUAAAGGGAACGUAUAAUUGGGUCACGGUGUCUUGAACAUGUAGAAUCAUAAAUUAAAGGAAUGGCAAAGACUAUAAAGUUACCACAACAACGAGACCACAUUUUCACAUAUUUCUAGUUUCGUGACGCAUCUCCCAAUUAACCGUGAUAAAAUAAGCAUUGAAUUGUGUCACCCUAACCUUUUGGCUGCAAUCAACUCCCAUAAGUCUGCACGACAUUAUUUUUGUUUACUGUAUUUUACAUCAAAGAGUAGUUUUCAUGCUCUAGAUUUUAUUCCCCUAAGGAAGAACACAACUCUAGAUAAUCGUUAUUUUCGAGGAACACCAUAUCGCUCUUCAUCAAGGUAGUUUUGUUUUCUUAAACCCCGCAUUAACGUGGCCAUAUGUACGAAUCUAUCCCAUCAGGUUGCCUAUAUUGAGCCGAAUCUAAAUGCUUCCAUGCAUCGUAAUCGCAGCUCGACUCGUGCUACCCGCGCGACAGGAAAGCGUCUGUCCAAUACUCUUAGUUUUUCGGUAAAGUCACGUAAGUA